GAUUUAUUCAUUUGCUGUUUGUAAGGAUUCAGGAAUGCAUAGUGACAUCCAGCUACUCUCUUGCAGAUAAUGCACGAAGUGCUCCAGCCCAAGUCUCCUAAUCCUUGUCUGGACGCUGGCUGUUUUCACUUGUGCCUUCUGAGCCCGCGAUCCAAGGGGAGCUGUCAUUGCCCAGUGGGACUCCUGCUGGCGGAUGAUGGCAUCACCUGUGUUCCGCUCGAGGAGUCUGCAUUUCUGUUCCUCGUGUUGCCCACAGUUAUCAUGCAGGUACUCUUCCGUAGCCUUACUCACAUGUCUGUGCCUGGGCUGUGGUCUGUUUCAGAACUGAGUAAUUAGAAUUCUCCAGGCACAGUGAUAUAUAGUAAGGGCCCUGGCCCUUGGAGUAGUCUUUUUUUUUAAUUUUUUAAUUAAUCCUUUUAAUGUAAUCACUACACCCAACGUCAGUCUCAAACUCACAACCCUAAGAUCAAGAAUUGCAUGCUCUACUGAUCAAGCCAGCCAGGCGCUCCCCCGCCCCCCCCCCCAGAAUAUUCUUCAAAAACAACUUAAAUUUUAGUAUUUACUGUGUGCUGGGAGCUAUCGUGACCAAAAUAAAGGGGCUAUGUGCUAAAGACUCCUUGAGAACUAGUAUGCCAGAGCUAGGUUAGGGAUCUGAGAUAUGGUUCAUCUAGUGUAGUUGUCCAAGCAUCUCACUGAUGAUAUAGAGUAGUUCUAAAUCCAAGCAACUCAACUGGGUUCUAGCCUGGUGAGGGGGAAGUACAUUUUAUGAGGGAGCUUUUCUUAAGUCAUAGGAGAUACCAACAAACAAGUCACUUCUAACUUCUACUAUAUAGAGGACUUAUCAACUUGGGCACUUUAAAAUGACAAAUGUUGGGGUUGGAGGAUUGACUUCAGUUUCAGUAAGAUACUACUAGUAGAGUUUCAUUUAAAGGCGAGGGCCUUUCAUAUAUAAAUGUAGCCAAACAACACAUUGUACACCUUAAACUUAGACAAAUGUUAUUAUGUCAAUUAUAGCUUAAACACUUACAAAAGAAAGGGGAGGGCAUUUAACAAAGGAGUCAAUCUCUGAAACAUGUGGAUUCAAGGACUUUUGGGUGCUUAAAACUCUAGGAAGGGAGAGAAAUAAUGGCUAUCUCUUUUUAGAUGAUAAAUUCAGGUUUUCAUAUAUUCUAAAUAUUGUCACAUUAAUGCAAAAUUAAGAUGAAGAAUUACACUAGAUUCAGCUGGUGCCAUCCACCUAAUUUUUUUCCCCAUAGAUUUAUCUGAAAAAUCUAGAAGCUUUACUAGGAUAACCAACUUUACCCGAACAUAGGAUACUUCCCUUUACCAAUGUGAAACAGCUUGCAUCCCUGGACUACAUAGUCCAGGAAAAGGCUCUCUACCUUUCAGAGUUGGAUAAUGGUUAUAUCAGGCUAUUGAGGCUCAAAGAAUCUGGAAAACUCUCUUGGAGGAAAAUCAUACCUGUGGAGGGAACAGUGAUCGGCCUUGCUGUGGACUGGUUGAGUGGAAACAUAUAUUGGAUUGACAGUGAGAAUCCUCACAUCAAUGUAGCUUCCUCAAAAGGCCAGUAUCCCACUGUCCUGGUCAGUGAAAAUCUCUACCGCCCAACCUCUGUUGCGCUGCACCCACCCUCUGCAGUCAUGUGCUUUGUGGACCUGGGUGCCCAGGAUGAUGGUAGGCGUGGGUCCAGCAUUGAAUGUGCCUCCAUGGACGGCAGCAGGAGGAAGGUGCUGUGGCAGAAAUCCCAGGUCCCUGAGGGCCUGACCUUUUCGGAUUCAGGAACCCGAGUUUACUGGGCUGAUACUGGGAGAGGACUCAGAGAGAGUAUUCAACAAGAUGGCUCUAGAUACAGAGUGGACCGCAGAGGAAUUGAGGGCCUUACCCUCCUUACAUUUGGCCAAGGCAUGAUGUUCUGGAUGACAAUUGACGAUGCCCAGAUCACUAAAGUUUGGUACAGCAAGGCAGAACUUUCAGAAAACCAGUGGUUCCAAAUAGACCAGAAGAUUGUGGAUUUAAAAGUUUAUAGUAAACUUCGUCAACAGGGUAGUAACAGCUGCUGAAAAGACAAUGGAGGCUGCCGCCAUGUGUGUUUACCCAACCCUGAAGGAGUGACUUGUAAAUGUCCCAGUGGGCCCUACUUGGCUAACAUAAGCCAAUGUGUUGAAACUGUCCCAUGCUCUGAGCCGUCCCAGUCCUGUAAGGAUGGUCAGAAGUGCAUUUCCAUGGAGCAAGUUUGUGAUGGUCAUGCUGACUGUCUGGAUGGAUCUGAUGAGCUGAGCUGUACCUAUCCAGAUAAAACCCAUUCAACACCAACAUCUAAAAAUGCAGAGGAUAGAAAAAGGUCGACUCCAAAAGCUGCCCUACCUCUCCAAGCUACCAAGUCCACCAAGGCUAGAUAUCCGGGUCCAGAAGGGAUGAGUUAUCCUGUCAGAAAAACAUUAAUCCCUCCAAUUCCUGCUAGAGAAAGCAAGACCCCAGAAACCAAGGAAAAAGGCGAGCUUGUGCAGCCCAAGGACUCACAGAGGGCAAAACAUCUGCCCUGUAGCACGGAUUUCUGUAAUGGGAGGGGAAUCUGCACAAUGGUAGGCGAGCUGAGGAAGUGCCGCUGUCCCGAUGGAAUAUGGCGGGGAGUUCUGUGAAGAGCCAGCUCAUGGACCUGCCCCUGGCUACAUCGCCCUCAGCUUAACCAUUGUCUUACCAGUUGUGCUAGUCGCUCUGGGAGCAUUUGUCUGUUUCAGAAGGGAACACAAAUUAAAAAGAAAUAGUGCAUCAGCAUCAAAAAAUUCGACCCGCCAUAAAGAAAAUGGCCAAGAAGAGGAGAAUCUAAUGAAUAGUGAGACUUUGGUCAACGAAGCCUAUGAUGAGCAGGAAUUGUUAACUUUACAAAGUGACUAACCUGAUAAAAAAGGAGCUGAAACAUCUCAAUAAAAAUUGUUUAGACGUU